GCAAGUGUAAACUGUCAAAAAAUAAUAUCAAAACAUUAGUGUUCUAGUACUGUUUUGCGGUUUUUGGAAAAAUUAUAAUGUUUUAAAUAGUGUAUGAGUUUUUAUACAUGUUCUGAAUAUUGUGCGUUACUUAAUUGAUUCAUCAUGACAAAGCUGGACACUAAGAAUGACGUCGAAGAAUCGAACCGGAUGUGGGCGAGCGCCUCCUUCGUGGGUGUACUGAUCAUCAUCGGCCUGCCUCUCUGGUGGAAGACCACGGAAGUAUACAGGGUAGCCCUACCGUACGACAAAAUCAGCUCGUUCGAUGCCCUGCCUCACUCCAUAGCGAGCGAGGUGAAGGUGCUAGCCAACGACGAGGCCACGGCUGCGGAGAUCAGCGGCCUCAUUGAGAAGGCUUUCGAAGAUUCAGAACUGAUCAACCUAAAAGUCACCAAAGCAGUACUAUCAGAUGACCUCCACCACACACUGAACUCAGUGGCAGACGAGCAGGAGGCAGUGGAGGAGGUGGCAGGGCGGCUGGCGCUGAGUGCGCACAACCAGCUGCUUCUGGUGCAGAGGACACCGCUGUUCCAGGACUGCUGGCUGGCGCAGGAGCGGCUCGCCUUCUUCAGAGAUGCUACAGCGGCCCCAACAAUAGUACAAGUCCUCAAACAGUGGGUGUACCAGACGAAGGUGCUAGCGGGGGUGAGGACUGAGGUAGCGGACGCGGCGCGUCGCACACGCUUCCCUCCCGGGGACCGUUACCACGUGGUGCUGUCCGUCGUGCAGCCCCGGCCGGGCUCCAUCGCCGUCGAGUUUGAUGCCAAGGAGGCUGUUGAAGAUUACAUUGGUUCGUUCGUAGAUGAGCUGAGCGUCCUGCACAACUUCACGCUCAAGUCGCAGUGGCUGUAUUUAUUGGAUUUCGACUUUCAAGCCAGAGAGGUGAAAGACAACAGCGAAUGGGGCCGCCACUGGGCCGUGCGACAGGACCGCCUGCCGCUGCUCCUCACGCGGCUGGAGGAGCGCGCGGCCACCCACGUGUCGGAGGCCCCCACCAUCAACUUGGCGCUGUACGCAACGCCCUGCGAGAGGGCGCCACUCGUCAUAUACGAUCAUGACGACAAGCCCAUCAUAUCUUCGGUGGAAGCGUUCAUGUCUCCGAAGUGGGGCGGCGUGGUGCUCUCCAGCCCUACAGCGGGCGAGUGUCGUGGGCAGCACCAAACACACAAGCCGGUCACCAGGGUUGUCAUGGGAGCGUUCGUGUCCCAGCUUAGGAAGUUACUUGGUAUUGUGGAGACGGAGCACAUCCAAGGUGCUCACUUGGAGCCACUGCGCUCCGUGGUGCCUCGUCGCUGGGAGUUAGACAACCUCCUUCACCUGAGGACCAUCGAACUGAUCACUUCUGCCGAAAGAACCUUACAGAGCCUCGCGCAGUUACUUGGUGAGAUAUCAAACAUCGUGAUUAACGACGACGUCGGUGCCUCUAUCAACCUGGCAGUGGACAGCAUCCACCAGGCAUCCGCCCUGAUGGCUCAGGGUCGGCUGGUGGAGGCCUACAAAACUUCGCAGCAGGCCUUCCAAGCUGCCGAGACGGCAUUCAUGGAGCCUAGUCUGUUGGCACUGCUGUACUUCCCUGAUGAUCAGAAGUACGCUAUCUACAUUCCAUUGUUCCUGCCCAUUAUGUUCCCAGUUGUGCUUUCACUCAAGAACUUACUGCUGUGGUUCCGAGGCAAGCCCAUCCACAAGAAGAUGGAUUAAUUUAUUUAGACUAACGAUGCAUUUCUUAGCAGUUACCUGUGUUGUGAAUAAAGAUAUAUGAUUUUUGUUUAA